AUUUUUCCGGAAGGAUAUUUCUAUUUAUGAAGACUAAAAUGACUGAUAAUCUCUUAUCUUCCCAGAUGGAUUACGCUGGAUCUGGUUUGGAUAAAUGAACGUGGGGUAGCUGACUUGGCGGGGCCGAUUGUUUUGGGUGCAUCACCGCCGCUGAGAGGGUUGAUGGAGAAAGGGAAUCAUUGCCGGCGGUGACAGAAAAUCAGUGGCUACCGUCAGUAUUUGGAAUACGGAAAGCCAGGCGUGAGGGGGUCCGAGGCAGCAACGUCGCCGUUGGCUGAGGCUUGGAGGAGAAGAGGGAAUCGGCGCCGGAGGCGACAGCGGUGACAGUGACUGUGCAAGAAUUUCAAGAUACUGCCUCAGAUAUUUCCUGAGCUUCUAUUAGCUGAACCGUUUACUCACUGAAGUAGCCAGUAUGGAGAUUCCUUAUCUAAAUCGCCUGGCCCAGCAUUCCUCUUGGACAAGAGUAUACACUAGCAAGAGGUCUCUUCUUUAUAGUCUAAAUGGUAAGCAUGUGUACUCAGAAUGGUUGAAGCUGCUAUUAAUAUGCCCCUGAAAUUUAUUAAGCGGUUGAAAAACCAAAGCACUGAACUGGAGUGGUUUGAAAGGAUUAGAUGCUUGGUAUAUGAGAUGAUGGCAAUGUGAAGGAGUCAACCUCAUCAUAUUGCAAGGGUUUUCUUUUGCCAAGCGAAGAAUGAUCGGUCAUUAAAAUUGGUGCCUCCAACCCUGUUAGCAGCAGAAAAGGAAGAAGCAAAGGCUGUAUUAACCUUGUUUUUGAAGAAACAAGGCUUGAGUAAUGCAGUUGCAGCAAGAACCAUCAAUAAGUCAGAUGUUUUCGUCAAUCACCUUGUAUCGAAGAUUCACUCUAAACAUAAAUCUCGGAAGAGAACUUACAACUCUUGAGAUUAGAGAUGCCUUGAUUCCUUAUCUUGAAUCCCUUUUUGAAGAAUAUGGAGACAUUUUGAUGGAUUUCGUGGAAAACUAUCCAAACCCUCCUGUCAAGGAAAAGCCUAGAGCGCCAAUUUCUAUUCCUAGUUCAUUGGUGGAAUCAAAGAAGACGAAAGCCAUGUCUCAAGUUAGUGAGAUAGACCGUGCUGGCAAGCUUCGUCCUCAUAUUGUCUAUCUCUUGGAGUUUGGAAUGAAAAUUGAGCAAAUCAAGAGUAUUACUCGAAGAUUUCCCUCAUUUGCCUAUUAUAGCUUAGAAGGAAAAAUCAAACCAGUUGUUGAGUUUCUUUUAGAACUUGGAGUUCCAAAAGAAGAUAUUCCCAUCAUUCUCACUAAAAGGCCUCAAUUAUGUGGUAUCAGUCUCUCCGAGAAUCUUAAACCCACCAUGAAGUUCUUGGAAACCUUUGGUGUAGACAAGCAGCAGUGGGCAAAGGUGAUAUACAGAUUUCCAGCUCUUCUAACUUACAGCAAGCAAAAGGUGAAAACAAGUGUAGAUUUCCUCUAUGAAAUAGGUCUCUCAGAGGAGAACAUAGGCAAGAUCCUAACUCGCUUCCCCAAUAUUAUCAGUUACAAUGUGGAAGACAAGCUAAGACCAACAGCAAAUUACUUUCGUUCCUUGGGAGUUGAUGUUGGCAUUCUUCUAUUUCGAUGUCCACAAAAUUUUGGUCUCAGCAUUGAGGCCAAUCUAAAGCCUGUAACAGAUUUUUUCUUAGAGAGCGGAUACACCGUACAGGAAGUUGGGACCAUGAUUUCAAGAUAUGGAUCAUUGUAUACAUUUAGCUUGGCUGAUAAUUUGAUCCCAAAAUGGGAAUUCUUUCUGACCAUGGACUACCCUAAACCAGAGCUGGUCAAGUUCCCUCAGUUUUUUGGUUACAGUUUGGAAGAGAGGAUUAAACCGAGAUAUGCUCGAAUGAAAGAGUGCGGUGUGAAGUUGCUGCUAAACCAGCUUCUGUCUCUGUCAAGCAGCGACUUUGAGGAGGCCUUGAAAAAGAAAAUGAAGAAAAUGCAGCUUGACCGGGAUUCUAGUUGAAGUGCCAAACAUGGUGAACCACACAAGGCAAAAUGAAGGCCUCGUCUUUGCUGUUUGUAGUCUUUUAGAAUUAGAAUAACAGAUGCCUAACCUCGUGUAUGUUUCACAGCAUUAUGGCAGAGCAAGAAUUAGUAACUCGUGAUGCCUAUCCCGGAAAAUUCGACCUGCAUUGAUUGCAGCCUUAUUCUCAAGUUUUGGAUGUUAAAACCAGUCUUGUAAAGUACAUCAAAUCGUUUCUACGUCCAUACAUUAAAUGGUUCUACUUGUUUUGAUGGACUUUAUUGUGCUCUAAUUGGUUUUGAAAGUGUUAAGUAGUCUUGCCUAGAUUA